AUGAAUAUUUCUAAUAGCUUCUCAAUCUCAUGUGGUUUAAUAUGGGAGUUAGUAAGUAUGUGGGACGUACGUAGUAGGGGAUUUAGGGUUAGGGAUAAGAUAGUUCUCUUUACUCCGAUUGAUGUUUGUUUUGCUCUUGGAUUAUCUAUUGUUGGUAAGUCUCUAGUAGUAGAAGAAGAUCAACAAAGUCAAACAUUAGAUCUAUUUAAAGGGGUUGAGGUAACCAUUCAUAAUAUUCGCAAACAACUUCGUUCCCACAAGAAAAUUUUAGUUAACUUUGUUAGACUUUACAUAUUACUUGCAUUUGCGGAGUUUUACUUUUCCAAAAUAGGAUAUAAGGUCUUUACCAGAUUUAUUAAGAAAUUGGAUGAUCUGGACUCACUUGAUAUAACUUUAUGGUUUCUAGUUUAUGUGAGUCUUCGGGUGUUGAAGGAGAGAAAAAACAAGGCACACAAACAUUUAAAUGGGUUUGCUGCCAUAUUGCAAAUUUGGGCAUUUAACCAUUUAUCUUUGGAAAAAGCACCUGCUGUUUCUAGGUUUUCGUCCCCGGUUAUAACUAUGCAGAAGAAAAAUAUUGAAAAAUCAUUUGACAAAAAUAUGAUAAUUGAUAGAAUAGUUGCAACAGAGGAAGAACUGGAAUAUGACAUAGUGAAUGCUGCUUUGUUUGAACAAGGACAACAAUUUGUGAAUGUGUAUGAUUAUCAAAGAUUGGUGGAUGAGAAUAAAGAUUUUAAAGAGAGGAUAACAAUUCUUGAGGAGGAAAUGAGGAUGAUGAAAUAG